GUGGAAUGGAGAAAAUAAAACAGCAUACCUUUGCCUUAUCUCACUACACCUAUACUGUGCUGUCUACCUUAAAAUAUGCCAAUGGAGCUCCUGUAGUACGUAUUUACAGUGAUACAGAUUUCAGCAAUCCUGAUGUCCAGGGUCCAAUCAUUAAUUUUAACGUGCUCGAUGAAAAUGGAGAGGUGAUCGGCUUUUCACAGGUGGACAAGAUGGCCAGUCUCUACAACAUACAUGUCCGCACAGGUUGCUUCUGUAAUACAGGAGCCUGCCAGAUGCAUUUGGGUAUAAGCAAUGAGGACAUCCAAAGGAACCUGCAGGCUGGCCAUGUCUGUGGAGAUGAUAUAGACCUAGUUGAUGGACGUCCCACUGGUUCUGUGAGAAUAUCCUUUGGCUACAUGUCUUCUUUUGAAGAUGCACAGACGUUUUUGAAAUUCAUCAUAGCCACCAGACUCUCCAAGUCAGACACUGAGAUUCCCUUCCAGUCCCCUGUUACAAAGCUGACGACAGAGUCUGUGCCAGAUGACCACCCUUCCUUUAACAAUGCAGAUAAAUUGUCUCCAAUACCACACAUCUCGGAUAGAGAACUCGGGACUAAUUCAUCUGCGACAAAGAUGACUGUCAAGUGGCAGCCACCGGAGGCCAAGGCGGAAAGCAUAAGGGCAGCUGUUUCUGAGACUGCAGUACCAACAUGUAGAAGAGGUGGCAAGCCCAUCACUGUCACCAGCAUUUACCUCUACCCAAUCAAAUCCUGUUCUGCAUUUGAGGUCACAGAAUGGCCAGUGGGAAACCAGGGUUUGCUGUAUGACCGUAACUGGAUGGUUGUAAACCAGAAUGGAGUCUGCGUGACUCAGAAGCAGGAGCCAAGGUUGUGUCUUGUAAAUCCCUCAAUUGAUCUGAAGAAAAAAGUUAUGGUCAUCCAGGCAGAAGGCAUGGACCCAAUAUCUGUAUCACUAGAAGAAAAUACUGGAAAAGAAGCUGUGAUCUGUGAGAGUAAAGUCUGUUCACACAGGGUAAAAACGUAUGACUGUGGAGAAAGACUUGCUGACUGGUUCUCUUUGUUUCUUGGUCGUCCAUGUCGCUUGAUAAGACAAAGCUCAGACAUGAAAAACGGGUCACAUCAGAAAAAUGCAAAAGGUCUGGCAUCUGCUACAAACAUCUCACUCUCUCUUGUGAAUGAAGCACAAUACCUCCUGAUAAAUGUGGCGAGCAUUCUGCAGCUAAAAGAACAUAUUUCUGCAAGGUAA